CUUAUUACUGAGAUACGGAUCGUCAGAGGUCAGAGAGAACCGCCGGCUCUUCUGUCCAGCUACAGGAAACGGCAAGUUCAACAGGAAAUAAACAUCUCCGGCAAACGUUGCCUCUUUCAGAACCAGAUCAGUCCUCGUUUUGAGAGAUGAAAGAAGCUGGUUCUGAAUAAACACCUCGGACUGAGCCCAGAGAAGAAGAGCAGAGGGGGAAAGACGAAGGUGAAGUCAGUCUGGCAUCUUCUCCUCUGAUUCUGCUGGGCCAUCAUGUUGGGAAGGACGGGAACCUUCAGUAAACGCUGCAGAUUCAAAAUCCAGCAGCAUCGUUCUCUUCCCUCCUCUCCUAUUCUUCCUAAACUCCCUGGAAUGCAAUUCCCAGCAGGCACUGGGAGCAGGUGGUCUCAGGUGAGGCAGGAAGCAGGACCUAUGAGUUCAGCUCAGAUUAAUAGAAUCUUAAAGGCCAAUGAGUACAGCCAUACAUUCCCAAAAGGCCCCGCCUCUCACGGAGUCCUUGGUUUCCAUAGCAACAUGCUGCCAUCUAACAACCCUUGUGAAGACAGUCGAAGCAGCGCCACCUUUCUUCCGGCUCCCGGCGGCACUCUUUUUGCUGUGUUUGAUGGUCAUGCAGGGCCAGCUUGUGCGCAGGCCAUCAGCCAGCGACUCUUCUACUACAUCACCAUGGCGAUGCUGCCGCUGAGGAUGCUGGAGGAGCUGGACUCGGCAGUGGAAAAUGAGCGAGCCGUGCCACAGCUGCUGGAGUGGCACAAGCAUCCCCAGGACCACAGCUUCCAUGAUGGGGGGUCAAUUUCCUUCCAUAGUCUUAGAAACUUCUGGCAGGAGAGGCUAGAGGAUGGCGAGGACCAGGAGGAUGAAGGGAAAGUGACGUCGGCAUUGGUCAAUGCUUUCCGUCGCCUUGACUACGAUCUGUCUGUGGAGGCCCAGGUGCACUUAUCCCUCUCCUCACCCAGACGGGUGUCUGUCCCGGGAGAAGGAUUGUCUUUAUCUUCCCCUCUCCGAGUGGCGCUGUCCGGCUCAACUGCAUGUGUCGUCCACAUCUCUGGCGGUGUCCUGCAUGUGGCCAACCUGGGUGACAGCCGGGCUGUCCUGGGUGUCCAGGAUGAAGAGGGUCGCUGGUCUGCAGUCAGCCUCACAAAUGACCACAAUGCCCAAAACCCAGACGAACUGCAAAGGAUUCUGGAAGAGCAUCCGCCUUCGGAGAGUAGAACUGUGAUCCGGCAUGACCGCCUGCUGGGUCUGCUGCUGCCCUUCAGGGCAUUUGGCGACGUUCGCUUCAAAUGGAGCGCAGAGAUGCUGAGACAAGUCUACGAGAGUCGGCCGGAUGUCCUGUCUGCAGUCGAUGAUGCUGUCCGAACUCUACCCCAACACUACAUGACCCCACCCUACCUGAGCGCCCUCCCAGAGGUCACCCGACACCAGAUUAGACCGACAGACAAGUUCCUGGUCCUGGCGACGGAUGGACUCUGGGAGCUGAUGCACCGACAGACCGUCAUCCAGCUGGUGGCAGAACAGCUGACAGGUCUUCAACAACAGAGGCCUCUUGUUCCCAGUGAGGACAUGACGCUGGGCAGCCUACAGCGCCUCCUUCUGGAAAGGAAAGGCAAAGUACUGUCUGUGCUGGAGGAUCAGAAUGCUGCCACUCACCUUCUGCGCCACAGUCUGGGCGACGACGGCUAUGGGGGCGUGUCCCCAAAUCGCCUGGCCAAGAUGCUGAGCCUGCCGUCAGAGCUGGCUCGCAGGUACCGGGAUGACAUCACCAUCACUGUCAUCCAUCUGAACGAGCUCUGACAACUGCCAAGCAGCAAAGAUGAGGUCUUUUGACCUUCAGGUGUCCUCCCCACAUCUUCAGCGUAUCUGAAGCCGAGCCACGAGCGUCCAGAGGUCAAAGUUUAAUUGCUUUGAUUUGAGACAUUCGGUAGUCUUUAGGCCCCUGCUAGGACAUUUUCAUGGAUUUGAAGACUGAUCUGUUGAAGAAAUGCAGCCGUUCUGUUGUUUUAUUUCCACACGGAUGCAUGUAUCUCCUGGCUUUUUUGGUUUUGAAGAGGAAAAUUCAAAAUGAUACAUCUUUUAAUAAGACUGAGUCGUGACAGAAAUUAGAUUAUCUCAACAAAAUGACCUCAAGUCACAGCAUCUAUUCUAUCUAACUCUGGGUAAAUACACCAUUUCUAAAGACCCACUCUGAUUAAAAUCGUGUUUUGGGUGUUUUUAACACCUUCUUGUAGAAUUUUUCUGGUGAUAGAGGACAAAGAGGAUAGAGAAUUCACCACAAGUCAGAGGUGAAUGAACUCCUGCAACUCUGCAGAAAUUAUGUCCAAGGCCAAAAGUUUUUUUUUUUUAACUAAAAACUGCAUAAUUCUACAAUAGAUUAAAAUAUGAUCGGAGGGGCUCUUUAAAAUCUAAGUUUGAAGGCGUCAUCCAACAGGCUGAACGAUUUUGACAUUGUGAGCACUGAAGCAGUUUUUUUGCAUUUUUAGUGUGAAAAACAUGAGGAAUCAAGUUUGUGGUCAUCUAUUCAUGAUCCUGCCAGUUAAAAAACUGCAGAAGAGAGUAAACUGAGCAAACACUCCCAGCCUGGCAGCUUCUGAUUGAGAAACCCACUUGACUAGUAAAGCAACAUUAGAUGGAGAAGAGUGCUAAACAUGUUACACAUUUUAGCCAAAUUCAGCUUUAAAACUAUAUUUAUGAAAAUUACCAACAUGAAGGAUGGAUCCUGAAUGAAUCAGAUGAUUUAGAACUUCAAGCUCUAAAAAAAGAAAGCUAGUGUUUCACUAAUGUGUAGUGACCACUGCUACCCUUCCAGUUUGACUAAAAAUGGUUUGAAACUAAAUUUAAAGUUUGGAGCUUAAAUAUUUUUUUAAGUCUUCAACAAAAAGGUAACAAAAAGAAAAAACUUAAGGUCAAAAUAUUUGUAAAUCUUUGAUAUUUUAAAACAUAUGUUUUUUUCCCCCAAAUAUAAAAAAGAUUUUUAUCUCUCGUGUGUGGAAUACAGUCACAUUUAACAUGAACAAAAGUGUUAGUUACAUGCAUGCAUCUUGUGACUUCUGUUUGGAGAAUACAUCUCAUUUGACUGUUGUUGUGAAGAACAAAAGCUUGUUAGAUUAAGAUGGAAUUUCGCAGAUAGACAUAUUCCUGACUCGUUUAAAACAAAAGCAGGAUCACUUGAACUAACUCCUGUUAUCAUGGAGCGUUGGUUAGUGACUGAUUAUUUCAGAUCAGAUUUUCACAAUAACAGAUUAAAUCACGACUUUAUCAUAUAUUUUAACAUUAUUUCAUUAUAUUUCCACAGUGGGGUGCUGGAUCAAUUGAUCCUAAAGAAAUAGCUAAUUUUACGGUGACGGUUAGUUUUUAGGAGAUUUGUUUUCACUGGUGUUUUUCCAUCUUGAACAAAUUGUAAAUGUUUUAGCAAGAAAUAAAAAACAAAAAGGAAAAUUUAUCAGAGAUAAGAUGGCAAACUUGAUACCCUUAUACAUUCCAUAUUUAUGUCAUGACAGCAGAAAUGACUGAAAAGUUUCACUGGUACAUCACUGUGUUUUCUGUGCGCGGUCCAGU